GCUGAGCAUUACCAAUUUAAUUUCUGUUGCUUAAACUUUAUUGCGUUUUUGUGUGUACAUAUUUGUGCCUUCAGAAAUGAUCGUCUUGGCAGCCGUACCCUACGCUUCCAGAUUGGUUUUAACCGUCAACGUAGAAAUGGGUUGCCGAUCGAUAUUGAAUUUCGUUAAUCAGCAAUUGAAAAACCGGCAUUUUCUCUUUUUUAAAAAAGAUGGUUAACCAACAGAUUACUCAGUAAUAGAAAGCAGUUUCUAUAAAAAUAAACUAAUGAAUGACUAUUCUCAAUAAUGAUGAUGCUUCGUUUGUCAGGGGACAUGUCUUUCGAAGGCGAUGUCACUGAAACUAAAGUUCUGUUAAGUACAAACAAGUGUGAUGGCAUGCCAAGAGAAAAAGUAUUUUUAUUUAGCCGGAUGAGUACUGGCUCUGAAAUAACUGCAGAUGUGACGUCCACCGUUAAUCACUCUAUCAUCCCUGAUGAUAUGAGUGAUCCAUCUUCGUCAUUGGAUAGUCCUAGUUUUGAAGAUGCUGAUCUUCUUAGUUCAUCCAAUGUUGCAGAUGUUACUGCACAACUUGCUGCAGCUGGUCCUAUUGGAAUGGCCGCAGCUGCUGCAAUCGCCACUGCCAAAAAACGAAAACGACCUCAUUCAUUUGAAACAAAUCCUUCAAUACGUAAACGGCAACAAACAAGGUUAUUAAGGAAAUUGAAAGCAACCAUUGAUGAAUAUACCAUAAGAGUAGGACAGCAAGCUGUGGUUUUAGUAGUCACUCCGGGUAAACCACAAAAUAAUUUCAAAGUGUUUGGGGCUCAUCCUUUAGAAAAUGUGGUUAGAAAUUGUAAGAGUGUUAUAAUGCAAGAAUUAGAGUCCGCAUUAGCUCAGCAAGCACCGCCUCAAACUCAGGAUGAUCCAACACUCCAUGAAUUGCCACCUUUAGUCAUAGAUGGCAUUCCUACUCCUGUAGAAAAAAUGACACAAGCACAAUUAAGGACAUUCAUACCUCUAAUGUUAAAAUAUUCUACCGGACGAGGAAAACCAGGUUGGGGACGAGAAUCUACUAGACCAGCAUGGUGGCCUAAAGAGUUACCUUGGGCAAAUGUAAGAAGUGAUGCCCGUACAGAUGAAGAUAAGCAGAAAGUAUCUUGGACCCAUGCUUUACGGCAGAUUGUGAUAAAUUGUUAUAAAUACCAUGGGCGGGAGGAUCUAUUACCUGCAUUUACGAAUGAUGAUGAUAAAGAAAAAACGAAAGCAGCAAUCCAAGCACAAGCAUCGACAAUUGAAAGCCUUGCUGGUGCUCAAGGAACUUUAUAUGCUCAACCAUUGACAGCUCAUUAUCCAGCUAUGGUGCAAACCAUAAGUAAUCCAGAUGGCACAGUGUCAUUAAUUCAAGUAGAUCCAACAAAUACAGUAGUUACAUUACCAGAUGGUACGCAAGCACAAUUACGAACUGUGAGUGCAGUUCUUGGCUCACAAGCUGAUGGUGAAAUAACAGCUGGUACACAUCAAGUUAAUGGACAGACUGUAACUCCUGUUAGUAUAGAUUUAAAUGGAGAAGCAGGAGCUCAGGCUGUGGCGACAUUAACAGAAGCUACCAUAAAUCAAGAUGGUCAGAUUAUUCUGACUGGUGAAGAUGGCACACAAAGUGCUUUCCCUGUAUCUGGAAUGGUUUCAAUUCCCGUGUCCAUGUACCAAACAGUUGUAGCUAACAUUAGUCAGCUAUCAGAUGUUCAAGCUCAUGGAAUUCAAGUUGCAAUGGCGCCAAUUGUAACAGAAUCCAACUCUGAAUCUCCUGUGAAUGUAACAUCAACAACAGAUAAUGUCAAUGUUUUGACAGCUGUCACCUCAUCAGCUGCACAAGUGACAGAACAGAGUUAAUGCCUCAUUGUUCAUGACUCAUGAGUAUUCCUUUAUCAUCAG